AUGAGCAAAUAUGUCUUGCCAGUUUCUGUCUUUGGAACUGUUAUUGGAUGUGCAGUCUUACUCAAGAACCACGUGACCGGCGGUCGCUGUCCUAGCAAGGCCAAGCUAAAUGGGAAGACUGUGAUUAUAACGGGAGCCAACACAGGCAUCGGCAAAGAGACUGCACGAGAACUGGCUCUGAGAGGGGGAAGGAUCAUUAUGGGAUGUCGAGACAUGGAGAAGUGCGAGGCGGCUGCCAAAGAAAUCCGGGGUAACACUCUGAAUCCUCAUGUUUAUGCCUGCCGCCUUGACUUGGCCUCCAUGAAAUCCAUACGAGAAUUCGCCGAAAGGAUCAAAGAAAAGGAGCAGCGUGUGGAUGUGCUUAUUAACAAUGCGGGGGUCAUGAGAUGUCCUGCUUGGAAAACAGAGGAUGGGUUUGACAUGCAAUUUGGAGUUAACCACUUAGGCCACUUCUUAUUGACUAAUCUUCUGCUGGAGAAGUUAAAAGAAUGCGCCCCCAGCAGAGUGAUUAACUUAGCCUCGCUCGCCCACAUUGUUGGGGAGAUGGACUUUGAGGACCUGAACUGGGAAAGGAAAAAGUUUAAUACCAAGCAAGCGUACUGUCAGAGCAAGCUUGCCAAUGUUCUGUUCACCAGGGAGCUGGCCAAGCGUUUACAAGGCACAGGAGUCACGGUGAAUGCUGUGCACCCCGGCGUUGUUUCCACAGAACUUGGAAGGCACACUGGUCUCCACCAAUCUAAAAUCUCCUCCACUGUGCUUAGUCCAUUUUUUUCCCUGUUGGUAAAGAACCCAGAGCUGGGGGCCCAGCCCAGCAUCUACCUGGCAGUGGCUGAAGAGCUGGAGGGGGUGACGGGACGCUACUAUGAUGUACUGACAGAAAAGGAGCCAGCUCCCCAAGCCAUGGAUGAGGAGGCAGCUGGAAGGCUGUGGGAGAUGAGCAGCAGGCUGGUGGGUCUGAAGGAAGACAACGCACAACCUCGUGAGUCCGGCCAAGCCGACUUGCCAACACAAAGACAGCAGACACAUGGACAGAGCCCAGGACCAGUUGGUCAAGCUGUGGGGUUGUAG